UGGCUUCGCUUCCUCGAAUUGCCACUGAAAGUAUCUUGGGGUCCUGACGGAGUGGGAAAUUUGAAGAAAGAAACUUUUAAUUUCCUCAUUCAAAGAAUGGAAAAAAUGGGGGAAGCGUGGAAAAGUCUCCUACUCUCUCAUGGUGGAAAAGAAAUCCUAUUGAAAGCGGUUAUUCAAGCUAUUCCAUCGUAUAUCAUGUGCCUGUUCUAUCUCCCAAAGGUUAUCACUAAGAGAAUGGACUCUCUUCUCAGUAACUUCUUUUGGUCAGGGUCUAUGCAGAAAAAUAGCCUCCAUUGGUGUAGGAAGGAAAUUCUCUGCCUGCCUAAGUAUGAGGGGGGUUUGGGCUUCAGGAGCUUCAAUGAUUUUAACCUUGCCCUACUUGCUAAGCAUGCUUGGCGCCUCCUCACGACCUCUGAGUCAUUGUGGAGCCAUCUCCUUAAAGGUUUGUACUUCCCUAGAGGUGAUUUUCUUAAUGCUAAAAAGGGAAGCAAAGCAUCAUGGAUCUGGGCUAGUCUAUGGGAGGCUAAAAAGGUGAUUGGUUUGGGAGCAGUUAGAGUGAUUGGAUAAGGUGAUGACACGUGGGUCGAUCAGGACCCUUGGAUCCCCACUUUGGAUAAUAGUGCUCUCAGGACUGGCCCCCAGAAUCAUCAAAAGGUCAACGAGUGGAUUGAUCAUGGAGAAAGGAAGUGGAAAUCGGAUGUUAUCCAGGGGCAUGUGUCUAGCUCAGAACUCGAAGCUAUCCUCAGGAUACCAAUCGGGGAGGAUGGAGCUGAUGAAUUUUGGGCAUGGAACUACAAUGAAGAGGGAAAGUUUACAGUGAAAUCUUCGUACCAUAUGAUUCACAGAGCCAACACCAAUACGCAACCAAGCGGGAAUACUAAAAAAUGGAAGUGGAUUUGGAGCCUUCACAUCCCCCCGAAGUUGAAAUUCUUUGUUUGGAGAUGCUCCAGGAAUGGGUUAGCAACGAAAGAGAGACUGCUUCAGAGGAAGUGUGCUCCCAAUUCUUCUUGUCAGGUGUGCCAGAACCCCGUCGAAUCCAUCAAUCACUGCUUGUUCCAAUGCCCCCAUGCCAAGGUGGCAUGGAAUGCUCUGUUUCCGUUUCUCCCUUUACCCCCUCAGGGAACCUUGUUCUUUGACUGGUUAUGUUCCCUUAAAGAUGUUGUUCAGCAUAGCUCCAUGAUCCAUAUUGUUUUCCUUUGUUGGAACAUUUGGAAGGCAAGGAACGAAUGCUCCUACAAGAGUAGAAUUCCGUGGCCUUCGAAGGUGUGCCAACUUACUUAUAAAGAGCUUAUUGAAUGAAAUUCGUGCCCGAGGUCCCCACCUACCCAGCCCUCCGUUCCCACUCAGCUCAGGGGAACCCAGUCUCAUAUGAAUCCACCGCCAAGUAAUCAGUCUUUGGUGAUUCACUGUGAUGGGUCGUUCAUUAGCGACUCCCAGUCGGCGGCAUAUGGUGUUGUGGUUGUUAACCACCAUGGACAAGUGUGUAAUGGGAGAGCUGAGAAUCUUCUUUGUUCCACCCCGAUUGAAGCAGAAACUAAGGCCCUUCUCGAAGGAGUGAAAUUAGCCCAAGAAUAUGGAUCUGAGUGUACGGUUCAAUCCGACUAUCAGGUGCUGGUGAAACCUUUGGAUAAUGAUAGCUCUCGAUGUCCAUGGAGGUGUGCAGCAUGGAUUGGAUCGAUUGUUUCUAUCCUUCGGACAAACCUUCUCAUCAAAAUCAAAGAAGUGCCCAAAACACUUAAUGUCAGGGCAGAUUGGGUAGCACGAUCAAAAGCUCGAGCAUCGCUUCCUGAUGAUUGGAUUAAUAUUCUUGAUCUCAUUUCUGAUCUUCUUUAAGAAUUAUAACCGAGUUUCUCGUCUUUCAUUUGUUUGGUGUAAUAAAAGUUGGUAAUCUUUGUAAAAAAAAAAAAACUCGCAUACACUCAGGGUCCCUUAGUCUUGCUGUAAUCGCCCACGAGUUCUCUCCACAUGAGAUGACUUUGAUUAGAAUGUUGGUCUCCAUAUUUGCAAUGAAAGGUUAAAUACACUUAUUUUUCUGUCAAGCGCAGAAUCGUCACUUGAAUGGACGUUUGAUUCGGAUUGAUCAUUUCUCAAUUUCGAAUAUGGAGAUAUUUCCACAAAUCCCCAUAUUUAGAAGAUAAUUCUUGUGUCCUGACCGUUGAAAUAAAGCCGAAAUCUCUAUGGAAUCUUCUAUAUAAUUCUCAGUCGGGCGAAGACAAACAUCACUCAAAAAAAUUAGGGAAGGCAAGACAAUGCAAACAAAUAAUGUUUUUAAUUUGCUUUUUGUUAAUACCUUAAUAUAUGAUUUUUUCUUAUCAAUAUCCACCCCACAAUUUAAGGUUGAACAUCCAAUUCGAAUUUCUCGAAUCCAACCAAAGCAAAAUUAGCUCAUUCGGUUUAUAUAAUUGAUGUUCUCCUUUAUCAAUUUGUUUCAUUCCAAACCAAUAAUCAGAAUUCUAACCCGAACUCCAAUUAUCAUGGUCCCACCGGACUUUGUAUGACCACUCUUCAUAAAGCUCCAAUUCCAAUACCUAGGCCCAUCCCCAUCCAUCUAUAAGCCCAACUUCCCAAGGGCCUAGACAAACACUCGAGCCCAACCCAUUUCUCACUCCCUUUGAGCCCGGACACCGGUUCUGAUAACAAGGGCCAAUCCCAAUCUCUAUUUUAAUCGAAAAAAUCGGGAAAAGGAAAAGAGAAGGAAAUAUUCAUAAAAAAAGAGAGAAGGAAAUGCGAGACCCAGUCUGGACUUAGGUAACCAGAGCGUAGAGCGGGAGCGAGAACGAGAGCGUCAAAGCGUUAAUAUUUAAAGAAUUCAAUAUUGACAGAGUGAACAAAGCGUCAAUAUUAUAAUAUUAUAUAUUAAUUAUUUUGUAAAAUAUAUUAUUUAACAAUCUCAAUGGAUGCCUACUACUACUUUCCUGCGACACCAGCUUCCCCAUUUUAGCCAGCAAGGACUUAUUUGCAAUUUCAUUUAAUUCAACUUUAAAUAAAUAAAUUAAAACUAGUAAAAAGUGUAAUGGGAUGGGAGCGAGUAAAUUCACCAUGACCAUCCAUUUUCCCCCAAAACAAAACUUAUAGGGUGUGCCUACGGUGACAUGCAUGUCACGGUGACUUGCACUUUCCGGUCGACUUCAGUUAGGAUUAGAUCGACCUUAUUUAGAAUUCGAUCAACCUCAUAUAGGAUCUGGUUGACCUCAUUUAGGAUUCGGUCGACCUCAUAUAGGAUCAGGUCGACCUAAUAUGUUGUUUCAGUGUAAAAACAGUCAUGGUGCCCUACUUUGGAUAUUCAUAUCCUACAAUUGGCUAGAUGGAAAUUGAAGACUAAUGACUUUUUUUCAAGCUGGAGUGUCCCUCUAUAUAUUGAAGUGAUUGAGAGCUCGAUAGGAAGUCCAGAAUACCAUUUUUGAACCUCAUCAAAAGGCUAUGCCAAAACUGGGAAACUGCCUGGAAAUGGCUCAAGUCUGGAAACGUGUUUAUGAAGCCUAUUUUGGAGCUCAAUUCGAGAAGCAUGAAUGCGAGUCGGGUCCAGGAGCCUCUACCACGUUAAAUUAGGUAUGUUUUUAUACAAAUUCAAAGCAUUGGAUGAAAGAUUGGAUAUAUGUAAGGCUUCAAACAAAGGGGUCGAAGUUGCUACAAAUAUUGUUUUUCUGGCAGACUUCGAGCACAAGCAAGCUGCCAGAAAACACCCUUCGUAGCAACUUCGAGCCUUUUGUUUGAAGCCUUAAAGAUAUUCAAUCUUUCAUCCAAUGCCUUUCCUUUGUAUAAAAAAACGUAAUUUAA